UAACUAUAAAAAAUAUGCAUUUUUAGUUAAUGCUGUAAUAAAUUUAAUAUAAUUUAUCGUUGUACUUUUAAUGGAUAAUAUUAAUUACUGACUAGAAAAAUAAGAUAUAAAAUCAGGUACUAAAUAUUUAUACAGAUGUUAUUUUCCUGUGAGACCGGAAAAUCGCUUUGUGCACUAUUAAUUUUCUAACAAUGUUAUGACACCAAUAAAAAUGUGUUUUGAUAUUGCUAACAAAAACGAAAGCUUUCAUUUUUGGUAUGAUGUCUUCGAUUUUGUCUGAAUAUGGUUAUAACCAUUCCAGUAUGCAUGAUUUUAAGUAAAGAAUCACAUCUCUAAUGGCAUCUUCUUCAAUUAGAAGUCGCUUCACAUGUUUAUUAAUUUUUUGCAUAGUUACUUACUUUUUACUAACUCUUUAUAUCUUAAAUAUAAUACCAAGAUCUAUAGAUGAAUCACCAAAACAUUCAGAAAAUCCUCUCGUUGAUAAUAUUUUAGAAGAAAAUACAGCAAAUAGUAUUAUUAAACACACUAACUACGAUACGGCAAUUAAUGUCUCCAAGAAGAUUGUGGAACAGCCUAAUAAUUAUUUUGGUUCAAUGAAAGUGUUUCCUCCAAAUCACUAUAAUAAUCAUUUGUUUUAUAAAAAGAAUACAAAUGAAUCUAAAAUAAAACAAUCAAAUCGAGUUUCCAAUGGAAAAAAUCACUUGCCUAAUAGCCUUCUACUUAAAAUACUUCAAAUGAGAGAAAAUAGCUUUGUUAUGAAAUUACCCCAUAAGUCAAUUAUUGAUCCUGACAUUGAUUAUAAAAGAUAUUGGGGAGCAGUUCAUGGUGAAGACGAUUCCAGUCAAGAUGAUUAUGGAUUAUAUGAGAUCGAACCGGCGAAACUAUCCCUAUUCUCACCAUCAAAAUAUCUAGUGUCUCGCCCCAGCGAAAUAGGAUCUUUUGAAGCUUCGAAGUCAUCAAAAAUAAAAAGUACAUUAAAAGAAAAAAAUAUAUCUUCAAAACUUUUAACACGGUUGGAAACUGAUUUUGCUAGUCAUAUCGUAUCUACUACAACGAAUAAGCAGCCAAAAGCUCAAAUGCCUCAAUCUUCUCGUGGUAAAUUAGCUGAACUAGAAACUAAAAUAACCAAGCCAUACAUUUCCAUAUUACCACAGCUGAAUAUCAAUAACAAAAACACUGCUCCACAGUCUCUAGAGCUGUCAAAACAUCCAAUAUCUCAAUUAUAUCGUAGUAAUUUAUUCGAACUAGAAAAUACUGCAGAUAAACAACACAUUUCUAUAUUACCACAGCUAAAUAUCAGUAACAAGGAGACUGCGAAGUCACCAGAUCUGUCAAAAGACCAAAUAUUCCAAUUACAUCCAGACAAUUUAGCUGAUCUUGAAACUAAGAGAGCUAAGCAAAAUACUUCUACUUUAUCGCGGUUAAAUAUCAUUAACCAUAAUUAUACUGAUUCCAUAUCUGAAACUAAAUAUAAAGACAAAAGUUCAAAAGCGCAAAAUACAGUCCAACCUGUCACUAGCCCAGCUAAAAAUCUUGCUUUAAUCAUAGAUACACCAGGAUGUAAAAUUCCAAAAAUGGAUCGUUGGGAUCCAUCUAUAUUGCAUCUUAUAGAGCUUCAUCCUCCCUAUGUUUGUUCAGAUCACCCAUCUUUCUUGACCCCUGAACCAAACGGUAUUAUUCAUCUCAAUAUUUCCAUAUUGGAGAAGUACUAUAAUGCCACUCCAAAUGACAUGAAAUGUUGGUAUCAGGGUAUAUCACGCAAAUAUGAAGAACCGGACAUUUUCAGGGAGCACGCUUUCGCAACAUCUAAAGUGUUUAAGUUAGAAUUUGAAACACCAAUUGAAUACGAUCAUGCGGUAGUAAAAUGCUUCUUCAGCAAUUAUACCCAUGAGCAAUAUUUUCCUCUACCAAGAAUUAAGAAAGAAGUAGAAGAAAAAAGAAUGAAAGCAAAACAUGCAAAACCAUUGAGUGUGCUUCUUUUAGGCAUUGACUCAAUAUCAAAACUGAACUUUCUGAGGCAUUUCAGACGAACUAAAGCUUUCAUGAAAGCAAACAUGAAUGUUUACGACAUGAAGGGAUACGCAAAAGUAGGAGACAACACCUUCCCAAACCUGGUGCCAAUGCUAACCGGUUACUUUGCAGAACAUAUUUGGAAUGAAUCUAUUAGAGAUACAUUUGCUUUUGAUAAUGUCAGUUUUAUUUGGAAGGAUUAUGCCCGAGACGGCUACCGAACAUUUUUCGCUGAAGAUGCACCAUAUGCUGGUACAUUCAACUAUAUAAAAAGGGGUUUCAUUGAACAACCCACUGAUUAUUAUUAUAGGCCACUGGCACUCGCAAUAGCACAAUCUGAGUUGAGAACAAAUCACAGGCUUAACAAGUCCCCAUGUCUUGAUCACCAACUAGAGACUGAACUUAUGUUUGACUAUGUGAAAAACUUCGUAAAAACCAUGGACAAAAGACCCUAUUUUGCUUUCACCAUGGUAUCCGUUCUCACACAUGACUUCUUCAAUGCUGCGAGUUACGUUGAUGUACCUGCAUUAAGAUUACUCGAAGCAUUGCAAGAUGCUGGAGCCUUGAACAACACUGCUUUAAUUAUGUUCAGUGAUCACGGCUUGCGUUAUGGUGAUAUCAGAAAUACCUACAUAGGUAAGUUGGAGGAAAGAAUGCCAUUUAUGUAUAUACACCUACCGAAAUGGUAUCUCCAGGAAAACCCAGAACUCAAGAAAAACCUUGCCAUCAACCAAGAUCGACUUAUCACUUUGUUUGACAUUCACGCUACUCUAAAACAUUUACUGCACUUGAAUAUGACGUUUCCAGAGAAAACAGAUGAAUUAGGCUUGAGUCUUUUUCGUGAAAUUCCAGAAAACAGAACAUGUGCGGAUGCCAAUAUAAAGCAGCAUUGGUGUCCAUGCAACAAUUUUAAACCAGUAGCAGUGAAUAGUUCAUUCAUUAUCAGUGUUUCAGAAGCAAUGGUCAGUUAUAUAAAUAAACUUCUGCUUUCUCAUGCUGAUGUAUGCGAGACGCUGGAGUUAGAGGAAAUAACAGACGCACAAAUGGGACAAAGUAAUGAUUUGGCACUGAAAUUUGAGAGAGACGAAAACGCAGCACGGAAUCAAAGUAUCGUGCUCGGUGAUGCUCCACCUAUCAUCAGUGAUUAUCUAAUAACAUUAAGAACGAAACCAGGAGGUGCAAUUAUUGAAGGCAGUGCUCGAUAUGACGAUGGCAGAAGGGUAGCAAAAGUCAUCGGUGUAAGUAGGAUAAACAAAUAUGGAUUACAGUCUUGGUGUAUUGAUAGUCAGUCAUUAAAGCUGUACUGCUACUGCAAAACUCAAAAUAAUACUCAACCCCUACUUUUUGACUAUGACUUUUCUAAUUGAAUCAAAAACCACUGUGUUAUUAUUGCAUAUUGGGAUGCAAACAUUGCAUUUUUGAAUUGCAAAUAUUGUUUUAGAUCAUACAAUACAUGAAUAUUGUGAACAAUAAAAAGUAGACUCUCGUUACAUGCUGAUUGUUGCUUGAAAAGAAAUACGAUACAUCCAAACAUCGUGAUUAGUGACAGGCUGAGAUCAAUUUGUAAUUUUUGCGUAUGAAGAACUUUAGGCAGCAUAAUUAUAAGUCGCACUUUGAACGUAUUACGACGAACACGUUUAGUGAGAAAAAUCAUUAUUUCCGUUUAGAAAAUGUGUUGUAUACGAAUAUUGCGCUGUUAUUUAUUAAAAAUUUCAUAAACAUGUAAACCCCCUAUCUGGAAACAAUAUUACAGUUUUUUUUUUAUUCUUGGAAAAAGUGCAGCACAGCUUAAUUAAAAUUAGAUGUUUAAGUACGAGCAAAAAUAUAUUAAUAUAUACAGAUAAAUAAUUGAAAAUAUAUGAAAGUUUUAAGAGCCUAAGGCUCUGGGUUCCUCGUAUGUUUUAAAUUAAUUAUGUACUGCAUGUAAAAUGAAUGAACAAAUUAUGGGUAAAUAUAUUUCAGAUCAUUUAUACUAAUCACAACUUUCAAUACCAUUUUUCAAUUUCAGUGGAGGCAUUAUUUGUAACAGCGCAUAAUUUCCUUAAAUUAUACUUAAAAGGAGCUAUAACAUGAGCAGUCGCAUUAUUUUAAUUGAGUGUAUUUAAAAGCAUGGGGCUUAAACAGCGUUUGAAAGUUGUUACAAUUUAUUGUGUGUAACAUUAUUAUGUAAAUAUACCCCUAUUAUAAACUGUUGGGAUUCAUUAAUUACAAGCAAAAGCAAAAAUUUAUUUUAUAGUAUGCAUGUACUGUAAAUUUAAUUUGUUUUAACUGAUCAGUUCUUGCAUUGUGACUGAUUCUGUGUUUUUACUGUACUAAUCUACAUUGUACUUUGGUAUGCUGUCUUAACUUAAAAGCUGCUCCGUUAUGUUAGAAACUGUGUAGAAAAUAAAUACUGUUCUAGAGCUAUGUGA